AUGCUCAGAAGUGAUGGUGCGCAAGUGAUACAGCGGACCAGUUGGACAAAGCCAUUUGAUAGUGGAGUUAAUUCAACUCUUAGUGAAGAAGCAGACGCAGAUUUCACCAAAAGAUCACUUUUGUCGAUUGAUGAUUUCAAGGAAGAUUGGCAACUAUCACAAUUUUGGUACAGUGAUCAUACAGCUAAUACACUUGCUGACGAGCUGCUUGAUGGAGCUGACAACGAAACGAUAAUAUGUAUUGCUAGCGCUCCAUCUGUAUAUGCAGCUAUCCGGGCUCGCGAACCCAGUGAGCUCCCGACAAAAAACAUCUAUUUGCUGGAGUUUGAUCGACGCUUCGAGAUACUUUCAGGAUCUAGAUACUUUGGAUACUUUGAUUACAAUCAACCUUAUAAUGUUCCUGAACACUUGAAAGGUAAAUGUCACCGUCUUUUGAUUGAUCCGCCAUUUUUGGAAGUUGAAUGUCAGAGGAAAUCCGCACUUGCAGCGAAGACAUUAUUACACCCGGAAAACAACCAAAAAACGAAGAAGGGUGAACUGAGGUAUAAACUUAUUACUUGUACGGGUGAGCGAAUGGCUGAUGUGGUUACUUCCUACUACCCAGAUGUACACAUGACUACUUUCUAUCCGGAACACAAAAAUGGAUUAAGUAAUGAGUUCAGAUGCUAUGCUUCAUUUGAGGGCAAAGCAUGGAAAUUCGCAUAG